UGUAUUAUGUAUACAUAUAUUGAAUCUAUUCUCGGCUACAUAGACAAUUUAAUAAAAAGCCGACGAGUAUUUAAAUGAAACGAUCAAAUGUGUUGUCUGUUAAACAAUAUUGACAUUAAAGUAAAGCUCUUGCCUUAAGCUUCUAAACAGGGACAAUUUCUUUUUUUUGGUAUUUUCUAUUGCAUUAAGUACUUUCUAUAGAAUAACAAGCAUCAUGGAGGUGGACAGGAAGAAUAGCGGUCAGCUGAACUGUCUCUGAUUGGCCAUUGGGGGAGGUGACACUGUACGCCUAUUCUAACUGCAAAGAUAAAAUCCCCACCUGCCAUUACCCUAAAAUCAGGAACCUCUAGCGGACACACACAUUUACCCACACGUCCCAAAAUAAAGAAGUAACAAACAGAAACCUCUGUCCUUUUGCUACCUCCACUGUUACAGUAGCUUGCUCUGGCUGUCUUCUUUCUGGGCCUUUGCCGAUUUGAGGGCCCCCGCUUGAUAAGGUGUGCGAGUUAGAUUUUUGGUUUCGUUUGGUAAGAGGAAAUUUAGCAGAGUUGAGCAAUGGUACGAGGACAGUUUUGAAGCCCUUGAGAAAGCAUCAGAGUCGCAGAUUGUGUCAGGCGGCGAAGAAUCCAUGCUUCAUCCAUACAGAAUGGAGGGGUACAUCAUCCCACCUAGAGAAGAGAAUAGAGACAGAGUAACCUGGACUGGCUGGAUGUCACAAACACCAUCCGUACAAAAAGAUUACUGGGCAGUUUUUACUAAAGAUCAGCAAACAGAGGAAAUGUUUGAAUCAGAGAUGUAUCGAACACCAAUGGAGUAUCAAUACAUCAUUGAUGAGGGUCAAAAUGAUCACACUUGGGAUUAUAAUACACAUCACAUCCAUCCGGUGGAUUUUGAGAACCUGCCAGAAAGCCAUUUCACAGAGCUUCAGAGUGUGCAGCCACUACAUGUAACAAAUGUCCAUCGCUUCACAGAUGUAGAGCCUGGCCAUUUUAUCGAUCCAGGCUUAAAUGGGCAUCACCUCCCCCUGGCCCCUCCACAGAUGACAUAUUUGCCCCGGCCAUCAGUGUGUUACCCUCACAGUGUACAGCCUUCUCCUCUCCAGCGCAGCUCGGAUGAUGAUGACCCCGGCAGCCGCAGUCCUCCUUUAGAAGUGUCUGAUGAGGAGUGUAUGAGAGACCACAUUACUUCAACAACAGGGGGAGAACAUGGUACCAAGAAGAAAAUUCGCUUGUAUCAGUUCCUUCUGGACCUUCUGCGAAAUGGUGACAUGAAGGAGAGCAUUUGGUGGAUGGACAGAGAAAGAGGAACAUUCCAGUUCUCCUCAAAGCACAAAGAAGCUUUAGCACACCGUUGGGGUGUACAGAAGGGAAACCGCAAGAAAAUGACCUAUCAGAAGAUGGCAAGAGCGCUGAGAAACUACGGCAAGACUGGAGAAGUCAAAAAGAUCAAGAAAAAACUUACCUACCAGUUCAGUGGGGAGGUUCUUGGGAAGAGCCACACAGAAAGGAAGCUUUACAUGUAAACACAUGGGUAAGGGGAGAGAGAGGAAGACAAAACUGAGAGAAAACCAGUUUCGCUCUAAAAAAAGAGCAAUUGACUUUAUGGUUUAAAUCUUAAAUUUCCAUUCCUUUUUUAUUAUUCACCUUUGCAUUAAUCAUUAAACUAUAAGUAAAUGUAAACCAUUUAAUUGCUUUUGUGCUGCAGACACAUGAUCUGUAUAGUGUACAUACUGUAUUUACGAGGAAAUAAAAAGCGCAAAUAGAAUGAUACUGGUCCAAAGUGGGUAAAUAAUAAAAACUAUUUUCAAGUAGGGACAGUUGCAAACUUCAUCACCACGCAUGAUGGAAAAAAAUCACAAAAAUACAAAAAGCAGAAGUGAAAACGAAUGACACAGGCUCACGCAGCACGGAAAACUCUGUCACGUCUGGGCAGCGCACACACACACAGAUGGAAGACCGCCAUUCUCAGCUCAUUUUUUGAACUGUUUCUAUUGAAAUCACAUACCACCUGAAGGAAAAACCUUUAGAUACUAAACCAAUAACAAUGCAUCUCUGUACAUGGUGACCAGAUGUUAAGCCAUUUCUUCAUAAAGCAUUUUAUAUUUCAGAGUAAUUUCUCAGAAGUGUAGAGACUCAUUGCAAUUAUUUAAAUAUAACCUUGUGGCAUACAAAAAAGGGAAAAAAGAAUAAAAUCCCAAGAACUGUGGGAAAAUCUGAGUAAAUACAGAACGGGUUCAAUGCAGAAUGUUGUAAAAAAAAACGUAACAAUUUACAAAGAUUAACAAUGGUUUGUAUACUAAGAACAUAAAAUGGAACAAAACUGAAGGAUCUUUUGUCAGAUGGACUGACUAAGUUUAUCUAUUUGAAACAGGCCCAUUAAUGCCUUUAAUUAAAUUUAAGAGUUUUUUCAACACUGUCAAAUGAACCUACAUUAUAUGAAAUUGAACACAAAACCAUAUUGAUAGCACAACUUUUUUUUCAAGUCUGUCAUUACCUAAAACUCAUCCAAGUAAAACAACACAGCACCCCCUGUCAGCAAGACCGCAGUACUGCUUAAAAAACUAUUUGAACUAAAAGGUCAAAAGUUAAUUUCUUAUACAUAGGCAAUAGUAAAUUUAAUCAACAAAUAAUGCAUAUAUUUCUGAGAACAUACCUUGAGAUUUGUUCCCUUUUGGUAUUUAUCUGUACAUACUUAAUGACCUUCAACCAUUACAGUACUUCUCAGGAUGUGUAUAUGGAGAACAGUUCAUAAUCAGUCUAAACUAAACUUGACAUAAAUGCACCAACAGUCUCUAUUUUCCCAUUUCAU